AUGCUCUAAAUUAAUGUUGAGGUGCAGACUGUUUAUUUUUAUAUAGAUUCACCCAUUACUUAUUGCCAUAUGCAACUAAAUGAUUCUGUUACUGCAGUGAUGCUGAAUAGUUAACUUAAAUGCAAAUGCUAUGAACAAUAGGAUAUUUAUGAGAAGGCUGAAAUCAGAACGCCUUAUGAUCCAAAGAACAAGAAAAAGCUUAAAUUAAUCUUUUUCGAAAAUCAAAGCAAAUUCGGAGAGGCUGUCUUUGAUCUGGACUUUUAUAUUGAGAACAAAUUCUAAUAGUUGUCCGAUAAACUAUCCAUUUAGAGCGAACAGAAUGAAGAAGCUCAAUUAACAUUCAUGUUUGAAUGGUAAUUCAUUGAAAAACCUGCAGAUAACAAUCCUAAAAUCAUUAACCCUUAUCUUUCAGGCAAUAGUCCUUAAAACACGCAGCGAAAUGUUGGAUAAAGCCCCAAAAGGUUGGCUUAAUCAAAGAAAAUUGGAGAUGAAAAUGAAAAGAGGACUACUCAUGUAACGUAUUCUCAGUGGAAGGAUCAUAAAGAAUACUUAAAAAAUCAGUUGGAACGAAAAUUAAAGGAACCAAAGCAUCCACAAAAAGUGGUAAUCGUUGAUGAUUGCAAUUACAAUUGGUCUGAUACAUUAAGAAAGCCAGAUGCUUAGGUGAGGGUUGUUUCUCCUCCAAAGAGAUUUGGCACACCUACAAAGACAAAUAAAAAAUUUCAAAGUCCUACCAAUACUUUGAAUUCUCAAAGACAAUAAGAUUAUGAAUUAAGAAUGAUAAACGAAAAAUUAAGUAAGGUAGACAAGCAAUUAUAAUAAAUGAAUAAUGAUAAUAAAGAAGAGGAGAAAAAAAAAUAUUCUUCCAAAUUAAAUUAAAAAUUAAAAUAACGUUAAUGUGAUGAUUAUAGAAACGGUUCAAAUGAAGAGCAUACCAAUAGUCAAUCUGAAAAAGGAAUCAAAUAAAGAUCGCUCCAUUAUCAAUCCUUUGUAGAACAAAAAGACUCCAAAGAUUAUCAAUUUAUGUACAAUAGUCAAAUCUAACCUCCCACUCAAUAAUAUUAGGUUUCUGAUUAGUUAAUUAAAUCUCUAAACGAUCCUUAAACCUCCAAGCAAGGAAUCAAAUAAAAUGUUAGCAAUUUGGAUUUCCAAAAGGGUUCACCAAAACCCAAAGAAUUGCAAUAGUAAUUAUCCUAAAGAAGUAAAACACAACAAUAAGAGGAUCUGAUCAAUAAUAAUUAGUUCAAUAAUUAUUCAAAUAACUCUGAUAAGUAUGAUGAGUUAAUGAAAAAAUAUUUAGACUUAAAAGACAAAUAUUAAAAUUCAUGUAUUGAAUUUUCACUCUUAUCAACCACUUAUAAUUAAUUGAAGGACGAGUAUACAUAAGUGGGUCUGUAAAAUUAGUAGUAUUAAAAAUAAAUUGCUUUUUUGCAAUAGUAACAACUAAUUAAUGGCAAUAAUGAAUAGAAUAAUUAAUCUGCAUUUAAUCAAGAAAUAGUCAAAAAGGAACUUGAGUUUCUGUAAAGAGACAAUAAUAUGCUUAAAUCUCAACUAGAUUAGAGUUAAUACAAUGUGAAUCAAUUGUAAAAGGAGAAAGAAAAGAAUCAAAUAGAAAUAUAUAAUCUAAAAAACAAUUUACUGUUGAUAAAUUAAGAAAUAGAAAAAGUUUAGAAUGAUGCCAUGUAGAUGAAAAUAGAAUUAAAACAAAAUAGUUAAACUUAAUAAGGAUCUGAAGGCUAUGCUUAAUUAAACAUCAAAUCAGAUAGUCAACUCAUUAAUUAAUUGAAGGCAUAAUUAGAAAGCUAAGAAUUUAAUGCUAUUCGUUCAAAAGAAGAACUAGAAUUGCUUAAAAUCUAGUAUUAGGAAUUAGAAAAAGAAAAUUUAAAUUAAAAAAAAUAAAUUGGCAAUUUCAAUCAAAUAAUAUAAUCUUUGGAAGAUGAGAUUACAAAAUUGAAGGAACAACUUGAAGAAAAGAAAUAAGAUAUUAUCAGAACCUAAGCUUUGAAUAAUAAAGAUAACAUAGGAGAUAUUAUUGAUGGUUAUAAAUAGGUUAUAAAAAAGAAAGAAUAAGAAAUUUUGGAUUAGGAAGAAGGCAUCAAAGAAAUGAAAAAAUAAAUUUAAGUUUUAGAAUAGGAAUUGUAAUCGGAAUCUGAAUUGAAACAGGAAAUAGAGCAAAAAUUAAAUAAAAAAGUGAAUGAUCUUUCAGAGGAUAUCGAGAAACUAUAAAGUGACAAUUAAUACCUAAGAUAAAUGAUGUCUCAAACACAAAAUGAAUAGCAAUCAUCUUUCUAGUAAGUUUCAUAUUUACAUUAGGCAAUCUAAAUAGAAUUCCAUAUAUUAGUAAGAAACUAAUUUCAAAGGGUCUAGUUUUAGAGGAGAUGA